UGUAACUUCGAGUUACUGCAGCUGAAAAACAGGAGGACAGAAGCAUAUAAACUAAUUUCCUAGCCUAUUACGAGGCCCCAGGUAGUGGAGGGACCUGGUUUAGCUGGUAUGCGCAGUGCGGCUGGUUCACAUUAACCGCGCUGACCAGCCCGUGCCAGUCACAAGUCCGCACGCACGACCUUUGGAAGAGUCACCAUGGAUGAAUGGCGAGCAGUCUGGAGAAAAGAGUAAUUUUGUUUCAGUGUUCUAAGUGUACAGCAACAGCGCAGUGUGUGCGUGUGUGUAUGUGUGUGUGUGCGUGUAGGCGGAGUGGACCCAUAUAUAAAAGCAGCGCAUACUCCUCUCCUGUGCGUAAACGCGUAGGGCGCUGAACGCACAAAUCCCUCGAGCGGUCUGGCAGUUCAUGGAAAGCUCAUACAAAGUUAAGGUAGGCGCAAAAGCGGAGGAUCCCAAAUGUUAAUCAGAUGAAAAAUUGUCGUUUCUCAAAGAAAAUUUUUCAAAUGACAAACUUAGACAUACCGACGACCCGCAUUCUUGCUUCACCUGGAGCGCGAAUAGGCGCCCCAAGUGUCCCCGAGGAUGGUUUGAACUUCAGCUGUACGCGUUAUCCCUGGGAGGACGUUGCAAAUACAAUCCUGGAUUCAUCUGGACACUUUGCGCAUUGCGUCACUGGCAGAGAAAUGCGUUUGUCUGUAAAAUAGGCUACACAUGAUGUUGGAACUGAUCUCUGCGGGAAGGCGCUUAUCGCACCGUGAAUGUUGCAAAGCACCGCAGAAACGAGGAUGACGGUGUCUAAUAUGCUUGGGGCAAGUCGGCAUCGGAUGCUGGUGGCUCUCAGUUGGCUGCUCUUGUUUGUGGCUUGGAGCGGAGCAGUUUCUAGAUGUGCGGACCGCGCUUGUAGUCCACCCAUAGGAAACCUGGCCAGUGGCAGGACUCUGCUCACUCUCUCAAGCUGCUGUGGGAACAGCACCGUCCAUCCUCACCUAUGCCCCCACCCCUGCCCGGAGGACACUCACCCGCCUGCUCACAUGACUGAUGAUUCUUUCUUACAUCCGGAUACCUGGUGGGCUUCAGGUGGAGGUACCACCGUGCAGGGGAACCAGGAUGAAAUACGGUUGGAUCUGGAGACACAGUUCUGUCUGUCUCAUGUGGUUCUGGUGUUCAAGUCGCCACGGCCUGCCGCCAUGGCCAUUGAACGUUCUGCUGACUUUGGAAAGACCUGGGGACCCGUCAAAGUCUUUGCACAAAACUGCAGCGUGGAGUUUGGUUUGCCCGACGACUUUGACCAGCCAGGCUCAGUGUGUACGUCGCGUUACACAAGUGCUGCGCCGUGCAGUGGUGGGGAGAUAAUACUACGCACUCUGGACCCCAGCGGCGCUAAAACACUCGACCCCUACAGUCCAGAGGCCCUCGCCCGCCUGACCCUCACAAAUCUCCGCAUCAGACUGCUGAAAGCUCAGCGCUGUCCGUCAUCUCUGAGUGCCACAGAAAGUCCAGUUCCAGCACCUUAUGCUAUUUACACUUUACAGGCCAGAGGGACCUGCCUGUGCCACGGGCACGCUGAGCAUUGUGUACCAUACAACAGCAGUCACGACAAAAUACAGGACAGUAAUGUGGUGUUCGGUAGGUGUUUGUGUACUCACCACACAGCAGGAGAUCACUGUGAGAAGUGUGCCCCGCUCUACAAUGAUCGUCCCUGGAGGCCGGCUAACGGCAGCAGCGGGGAGUCCAACCCAUGCCAGAAGUGCGAGUGCCACGGCCACGCAGAUCAGUGUCACUUCUCUCAGCGGGCGUGGCUUUCCUCCGGCGGCACCAGCGGGGGCGUUUGUGAGGACUGCCAGCACAACACCGUCGGCCGCAGGUGCCAGCGGUGUCGCCACGGCUACCACCGCCAUCCGUCCCAGCCCCUCGGCUCCCCCCACGCCUGCACACGCUGUUGGUGUGAUCCGAGGGGCUCUCUGCCUCCUCCACCUGGAGAGGAAGGACCCUGGUGUCACCCCAGGAGUGGCCAGUGCCACUGUAAACCUGGUGUAGGGGGCACAAGCUGCAGCCACUGCGCACCCGGCUACUGGGGCUUCGGAGAGGAGGGUUGCAAAGCCUGUGCCUGCCCACACAGCUGUGAUCCAACCACUGGCCAGUGUCUGGACAGCUACACAAAUAAUCGAGUGUUAAACGUCCCCAUUGGCGGGAAAAUCCCCGAUUUGGAUCAUAUGUUCCCAACGGAGGAAGAUGCACAGUGGUCGAAGGAGCUCGCAGUCUCCGCUCUGCUUCACACAGGGAAGUGCAGGUGUAAAGAGAAAAAGCUGAGAAGCAUGUCUGAACUCUGCAAGGACAAACAUGAUUAUGUGAUCAAGGCAAGCGUGCUGUCCGCUCAUGACAAAGGCAGCCACGCAGAAGUGCAGGUCAAGAUCCGCAAGGUCCUUCAGUCAGGCCAGGUGCCGCUGUCCUUGGGGACAAUCAGCAUCUACCCUCUGUCCUGGACAAGUCGUGGCUGCACCUGCCCCAUACUAAACCCAGGUGUGGACUACCUGCUAGCAGGACCAGAGGAGCAUGGAACAGGGCGUUUGCUGGUCACCAUGCAGAGUGUGGUGGUGCCAUGGACACCUCGACUUGGUCUAUUUAUUUCAGAGGGCCUGAGGAACGGAUGCCUAUGAUGCAUAUUAUCCAGGAACAGAGGACACACACCAGAGGACUUGACGAGUCAGUGGACAAUUCAGAAAAUAAAAAAAGACUGAAAAUCACUGCAAUCCAAGAUAUUCAGGGAGUAUAUUUGUUAUGGUUGGAGCAGAUAUGCUAUGAAUAUUAUACCUUUUUUUUAUAUCAACAAGUACAUACGAUUUGUCAUAUAUGUAUAUAUACUGUAUGUGAACUGGAAAAGUUUAGGUUUAGUUCGUAAACAUCACAUACGGGGGCGCUGGCCGUGAACAGUUCAUUUCCAGUUGGGGCUCUCCGCGUUAUUCUCCAAUGUGUUAUCCCUCUUUUGUUCACUAUCUAAUAAAUCUCAAAGUUUUUUGCACAUACACACACAAAAUUUAUAGGGAUGCUGUUCUUUGGCUUUAAAAAACAAACAAACAAAAAAAAAAGAAGUU